AUGGGUGCGAAUAUUGCGGAAGCACAUAAAAGUUUUCUAGCUAGUUUACUGGAACCUGAUAGUCAGCUAUCGCAUGCAUCUUAUUCAUUAACUGUUCUGAAUAGUGUAACUGGCGAUAUCCUGUUUGAACAGAAUAAAGAUGUUGGACUUUCACCAGCAUCCACCCUGAAAACCAUAACAGCGGCCGCUGCGCUACAUUACCUUGGAAAAGAUUUUAUUUAUCGGACAUUAUUACAAUAUUCCGGUAAUCUAGAUGAUCACGGCUUUUUAGAUGGUUACAUUUAUAUUGUUGGUAGUGGUGAUCCAACCCUAGGAAGCUGGCGAUUUGAUCAAACAAAACCCGAUUUAAUUAUUCAGAGCUGGUUAGAGGUUAUUCAGCAUGAAGGUAUUAAACACUGUCGUGGUAUUGUUGCUGAUAUUAGUUUGUGGAACAGCACCCAGUGGAUGAUUGAUGGCUACACAUGGCACGAUAUAGGGCAGUAUUAUGGUACUGGUCAUAACGCAGUAAACUGGCGAGAAAAUGAGUUCAUCAUUUAUAUACAACCCGGUAAAAAUGUUAAUGACAAGGCAUCGAUCGUUCGUUUGGAAAAACCACCACCAUCGAUAACAUUCAUUAAUGAGUUGACAACAAGUGCAGCAAAUAGCAGUGGCGAUGAAGAUGCCUCUCUUUAUUUACCACCUCAUGGAAAUAUCGGCUAUUUUCGUGGUAGAGUUGCUCUUGACGUGCCGCAUAAUUUUUCAAUACGCGGUUCUAUACCGGAUGCCGCCUUAUAUGUGACAAAUGAACUAAAACAGGCCAUGCAGGAGCGAAAUAUUACUGUAGAUGAACCAUGCACAAUAAUUACUAGUACUCAGGAACACUUAACAGACCGUAAGACAAUACAUACACAUCAGUCUCCUACAUUAGAUAAGAUUAUUUUUUGGUUUCAACAACAUAGUAUCAACAUGUACGGUGAAUUAUUAAUUAAAAAAAUUGCAGAACUCAAGCAUGUGUUCUCUACAACGGAUGGCUCAGGAUUAUCACGAGACAAUCGUAUAACAACAUUUGCAAUAGCCAGAGUACUUUUUAGUAUACAAAAAGAAGAUUGGUUCAAUGAAUUUUAUAAUUCAUUACCAAUUAUAAACAACAUACAUAUGAAAAGUAGCACUCUAAAUAAUGUUAUAUCCUAUGCUGGAUAUAUUCAAAAGCAACAGAAUGAUGGUUGUGCUGAAAUACAUAACUAUGUGUUCUCAUUUAUUUUGAAUAAUUAUAAUAGUGCAUCGGCAGUUAUGAAAAGCAAAGUGUGGGCACUUCUGAGCAAUUUGAAAUAG